UCGUCCUCCUCUUCCUCAUCACUUCUUCCUCAUCCCUUCUUCCUCAUUCUCAAAACACGCCGGAAAAAAAAAGAAAAAAAGAAGCAUGUCAUUUGUAUCUGUCGAGGAAAAUUCAUCCCCUCCUACGGUUCUUAUCGUCGGGGCAGGAAUUGGAGGCCUGACACUCGCGGUGCUUCUCCAGCGUGCUGGUAUCCACUAUGAGGUUCUCGAACGUGCUGCAGAGAUUCGUCCCCUGGGCUCCGCCCUAGCCCUUGGCGCCAAUGUACUCCAUGUCUUUGAACAGCUCGGGCUCGCGGAUGCUAUUCUGAAGAAAAGUAAACCCGUUCACACUCGGCGGUCGUACACAGAGAAGCGCGAGCUCAAAUACAGCAUGGACUAUUCGCGUGCAGCAAUCCUAUCCGGAUAUCCUGCCGUGAUCAUCGACCGGCCCACGUUAUACUCGAUUCUGCUGGAACAGAUUCCCUCGGCCAAAGUUCAUAUGCGCAAAAAGGUCCUUUACAUUUAUCAGGACAGCGACGGCUACGAGCACAACGAUAUCGACACUCAUCCUUUUACAAAAGAAUCCCUUCAGGGGCAUGGGGUGAUGGUUCAAUGCUCCGAUAACUCGCGAUAUUAUGGCGAUAUUCUCGUCGGUGCUGAUGGAGCGUACUCGGGUGUCCGCCAAUCCCUCUACAAGCACCUUGGGAAAAUCGAUAAGCUGCCCGAGUCGGACAAGGAUGAGUUACCAUUCAACAGCAUGUGUCUCGUGGGUCAAACAAGGCCACUGGACGUGACAAAGUUCCCAUACCUACAGGGCGAGGCCAGUAGCUUUCAGAGCAUCGUUGGCGAGAACAAACCGUACACUUGGUCAGCAUUCUCGACGCGUGCAAACACAAUUUGUUGGAUUGUGACCCAUCAUAUGGACAAGGAGGCGCGUCGCUCUUGCAACCGGUUCCAGAAUUCAGAAUGGGGGCCAGAGAAGGCCGAGUCGAUGUGCGCGGUAGUAAAGGACUUUCCUAUUGCCUGUGGGGGCGAUGCUGGAUAUCUCGUGGCCAAUGAAAAAGCAGGGCUGACAAUUGGGGACCUCAUCAAUGAAACCCCCAGGGAUUGCAUUUCCAAGGUUACUCGUGAAGAAAAGUUCUUCGAGACCUGGUGCUAUAAGCGAGUAGUCCUCAUCGGCGAUGCCUGCCACAAACUCUACCCAUCCGCUGGUCUAGGAGCUGUGAGCGCCAUUCAAGACGCAACGAUUCUCGCCAACGUCCUGCAUGAUCUGCUUUACCCAAUCACCUACCCGGCUUCGCCACCUUUGACAUCAGCAACGCUAACGGCAGCCCAGCGCUCAUCCGACGCUAUAUCAAUGGCAUUCCAACUCUACAGAGACGAGCGUUUUCCGCUCGCCAAGUCGGCGUUCGAGACAUCUCAUCGAAUGGGUGCAUUGAUUGGCAAGUCCUGGAUCAACGACGUGAUCCGUGCCUUGACACCGUAUACACCGACAUGGUUGUGGGAGAAGCAAAUGAUGAAAAUGUUCGGGUAUAGACCACAGGCGUCAUUUUUGCCCAAGGUGCAGGAUAAUGGAGAGAUCCCGCCUCUGAGUCAGCCAAGUUUGGAGAGGGCGGAAGAGAACAAGCGAAGGGUGAAGGCGAGAAUGGAACGUGAAGCAGCCAUUUCUGCGUGAACUCAGUUAAAAAAUCAACAAUAAAAGAAACACAAACACACAUGGAG